AUGAUUUUGGUUGAAAAGAAACACACCAACAAACGAGUCACAAAGGAACCAAAAGCAACGAUGGAAUCCACAGCAGAAGCGGAUGCUCAUUUGUUGAUCAAAAUUCAAUCUUUCUCGUUGCUUGCGAAGCAUGGGAUCGAGAAAUUUGAGACGACUGAAUUUGAGUCCGGGGGAUACAAGUGGAAACUUAUAAUUUACCCAAGUGGAAAGGAAAGAGACGAAGGGUAUGUUUCAGUAGACUUAGCCAUUGUGAAUGCUGGUGGCUCUCCUGCAGGCUGGGAGAUAGUGGUAUCAGGCAGUCGGCGUUUUCUUGCAAUAAAGACAGAAUGGGGAUUCUCAAAGUUCAUCUCCAAGAAAGAACUUAACGAUCCUAACAAUGGAUACCUCAGCCACGACGACAUUUGUGUGUUUGGUGCUGAAGUUUUCGUUAACGAAAACAAAACAAUCAUUGAUUGUCUGUCUUUGGAAAAUGUUGUUGGUGCUCCCUACAAGCAAGAAUGGAACAUUCCCAACUUCUCUAAAUUGGGGAAUAAAUGGGUUUCACCCGAGUUCUCUGUCGGAGGCCAUAAAUGGAAAGUGAAGAUGUAUAGAAAUGGAAGUGGAGAAAGUAUUGGGCGCUUCUUAUCUCUUUACUUAUCCCCUAUUUCUACGAAUGGUAACAAAGAAAGACUGCACACGUGGCUUACAAUCCGCAUGAAGAACCAGCUUAGUAGUAAACACCAAAGCAGAGUUGGUUCCAUAUGGUUUUCAGCUGCUAGAGGCCGUAACUGGGGAUGGCCUUCAUUUAUUGAGCUUGCUUUGUUGAAAGAUCCUAAUCAAGGCUUUGUCGUAAACGACUGCUGCAUUAUAGAAGUAGAGUUAUCUGUGCAAGCUAUAGCGAGCUCAGACUGA